AUGAAACGAACAGUACCAGACCCAGAGCCACCCGAUCCAGGUUUCAACUGCUGGUCGCGGCUUCCGCACAAGAUCAGCUGCCAAUGGUCCCGCGAAAUCCUUCUCCCCGACGUCUACUGUACAAAAACUCACGAUUCUAGCGUCAACGAGCGGUGCUAUUUGGACCCAAGUCUGUCAACCGGGCAAGAGAUCGGGUGUACAAUUAACUCGACGGACUUUUAUUCCAACUAUGAAAUCAGGCUAAGCUCUGACGGGGAGGAGCUAGCGAGAAUAGAAGACUUUGAUAUCGGCAAAUACUUGGUAAUCGAAGAGCCGCCACGUGACUUUGCUGCCUCGCGCAUCGACGGCCGCGUGCGUCUGGAAUGGAGCAACAGCGGAAACCACUGGUUGAAUAUUCUCUACGGCGACCAGUUGGUGCUCGAGCUCCUGUACAAACCUUAUCUCCAAGUGGCCGGGCUGACGCGCCGCUUCAUCGGCUACGAGAAGGACCUUCAAGGGGUGAUUAUGCUCAACGAUAUUCCCAACUCAGAGGUCUUAGAGCUCUGCAUCCGAGUUCGCAAGGAUGACUCAAUAAGAAAAGAAUGGUCUCCCUGUUCCAAGCCAGUAAUUCUUAUGCCUGUUAGUCAACCAACAACUCUUCCACCGACCUUAGCGCCAGAAGAUUGCGAAAAAUUCAACCUCUGUGGCCCGCGAAACGGGACAAAAAAUGACAUGGAAAAUGACCUGGCAAUGCUGACAAGUUCCAUCAUCGUCGUCGGCUCGAUUGUCUUUGUAAUUAUAAUCAUCAAAUCGAGCUGGAAGAAAAUCCACAUGUGGCUGCUCCCUCCGAUUCCAGAGCCGAUUAUUGUCAUUCAUGAGACGCAAAGGGAUGAACCGGACGUGGAGGAAACGAGGCUGUUGAGCGUCGAGAACGAGACAAGACUUUCGAGCAGGACAGAAGCUUGCCUCAGGACAGCUGAGUCCGUCGAUUCGGGCAUCGCCGCCGCUCCCAGCUAA